GCAUCUAACCAGAACGACAGGCAAGAUGAGAACAACACAGUGUGCCCUGAGGACGAGCUCGCUUUGCUACCAUAUAUGCCACCACUCUUCGGCUGCGAACUUCCCCCCUGUGGUCUUAUGCCCCAACUCGCAUACCAAAACGUUGUUCAGCGCCUCCGGAAGUUGUGGCUUCUGCACGCAAAAGAAGACCCCACCGAGAUUUCCCUCACGCACAUCUGCGAGCAAGUUUUCGACGACCUUCUGGAUGAGUCUGAGAAGUUGCCAUUCGGAAAAGCGAACAAGAUCACGAGACGCACGCCAUGGCGACGCGAACAAGUCUUCAAGUUCGAGCGUUGUUGGGCGCACUACUUUGUUCUUGAGGCAAGGCGUAUGAAUGAAAGGAGCAGGAUGACAGCGAUGGAGCGGGAGACGCAGGAUGUGCAUUUCGAAGAAGAAUAUCCCAUACCGACAACGCUAGGUAUUCAUGUUAAAAACCACGCGAAUAGAGAGCAUCUAUGCCAGUUGUGGAGAGAGUGGCACAAAAAGAAGAGACGCCCUGUACCGAUACUGAAUCUACAAGGAAGCGCUGCGGCAGUGGGAGACAAAGCGGGUAGUAUGCAGGAUGACUCAAAGGAGAGUGGAGAGACAGAAAACGACUCUGUCAUCUAG